AUGCCAUCAUCCAUGGACACCUCAAAUACCUUUCCAUCCGGGAACUCGUCACACGCAACCUUCCAAGACGGACUGCCUUCACAAUGCAGACCAAUUGCAUUUCAAACAUUUCUUCCAUACGCCCUGGUGAUGUGCCAGUGUGCAUUACUUCACCCGACUUUUGCUCAUUCAAAUCUCGCUCGGUUGAUACGAAUCAGUCUGUCACCUAUCAAUGUGAUAUGGUCCCUCACUCUUCCCUUCCGAUACUGUUUCAUUCCACUGGAAUCGAGCGCUGGGAUAAACUUGGGAUUGGGAUUAUCUGCAAUUUAUACGGCUGUGAAAUGCCUAGAGUGGGGAUUCGCCACCGGCGCGUACUAUAAGCGGCCCAUCGCAACUAUCAAUCGAGUACAACGAUGGGAGAAAGUCAAAGAGGAUGAAAUUUUCAGAAAGAAACAGGAGGAUGAGCCUUGUGGUAUAUUUAAGUUGAUGACAUGGACACUUCUUCAAUUGACAUCAGUGCGUGGGUUGAACUUCACAUGGGGACCCGCUGCUGUAGCCAACAACCUCAGUACCGCAUAUCUGAUGAAACGUUUCAUUCGAAUCAGUGUCCCUUUGAACAUCGCAAUAGUCUUCGUCCUUUUGACCCGCGAUUCACCAUUGAAAACACCAACGUCAGCACUUCUAUCAAUCGGGGUACCCAGCUUCCCCGGAUUGAAGAUCCUGGCAGAGUCCAUUUACUCUUUCAGCUUCGGUGUGAUGAUAGCUUGUCUUUUCGAUACUCGUUUCACCUUUUGUGCACUGAUUUGCACGGCCUUACACAAAAUCAUGAGUUUUCUUCAAUUUCCAGAAGAAAUUCUUGAUUUAGUCAAUCCAUUGUACCUACCACCUAUAUUUCAUUCACCACAAACUUCAAGUUCCGUUGCUGAAUUCUGGGCUGAAACUUGGCAUACAUUCUUAAAGAGAACUUUUGUUGUGGCUGGCGGGAAGCCUUUGGUUUGGAUGGCACAGAGAUUAGGCGCCACUACAAAAUUUCAAAGGUUAGCUGGAUUGCUUGGUAUUUUUCUUGCAUCUGCAGCGACACACGAAUAUAUCCUCCUAGUAAUGGCUCAACCACCACACUCCAAUCCACAUACAAUCACCUCAUUACCCGGCUCUACAAUCUUUUUCAUGCUCCAACCCCUUGGUAUACUCAUUGAACCAUCUAUCAUCCCUCACAUACCAAAACGGAUCGGAGGAGGAAAACUAUGGACCAUCCUAUUCUUAAUUGCUACCUGUUAUUCAUUCAGAGAACAAUACUUGGGCGAAGGUAGAGUUGUUGCUACUCUUAGGCCCCUUCCAAAAUGGUCCUUGUUGUACGCCUUAUCACCUUUGAAAGAAUAUGUAGGGUUCAACACACUAUAUCAAUAA